UGUGCUGCUUAUUUUUUAGUGAGUCACAAUGUCACUUGUCUUCAUAUAUAUUAUUUUUCCAAGCUGUGUUUGCAAACAAGGCAUCUUGUGUUUCUUUUAAUCAGCAUCGUGUCAAAAAAUGUGUUUACUUGUCAUCCCUAAGGAGAGAGGAAGUGUUUAUAUAUAGAAAUAUUUAACAUGAAAAUAGUUAAGCACUACGGGGUUUCAAAGGCCUUUGGUUUAUUACACAUUCUUCUUUAUUUAAUACCUGGGCUGCACAUGUGAAGGGUGCUGUUAUGUAGUAAGUGACCACUGGUUUGGGUGUAAGUGGAAGCUUUAAAUCUGCAUUGGCACUUUUAGGAAACUGGGUUAAGACAAGAUGGCACCAAGUGGAAGAGGAAGAAGGCACGAUUGCGGUGGAGCCACAACACGAGCAGGGCUUGCAUCAAAUAGUCACCACAACUUGGUCCAAAACUCGAUUCAUGGACUCUUAGAGAUGAGUAUACAGUGGUGGAUCGAGUCUCGGUGCAAAUACCCUCUACGCUGGUCCAGGCUAUGAAUAAAUGUGGUCACAGGCCUGCAAAGUGCACCGAGUUUGAAAAACUUCAAAAGCAUGCUGUGAGAACGCCACCAUGUUUACCACAAGGGUGACAUGAUCUUCAAGCGUCAUGCUGAUAUGAGCUAUACUCGUUGGACUGAUGUACCGAUGGUUGAGAAAGAUGAGCUUAUAGACCGUGUCCGGGUAACCUGGCAAAUACAUCUAUCUUGUUUAAAUCAAGUUUACAAUAUUUCAUCAGUAUGAUGGCUAAUCACAUACAUGUUUAAGCUAAUUUCAUCUUCGAUUGGGAAAUGAAGAAUCGUAAAAAAAAUAUUAUGGAAACAACUCCAAAAGCGUUUCAAUGCUUUCCACCAUUAAUUGCACAAGAAGUAUUUGGGGUAUGCAACUCAUGAAGAAGCAUUGGCCAAUAGUGGGUCUAUUAUGGUAGACCCAUUGGUUUGGGUUAAGUUGUGUGGGCGAUGGGGAAGCGACGCAUUCAAGAAAUUGUCAAAGUAAAAUCAUCAUUUGUGAGGAUACUAGAGGAAAAGUGUUCCAUGACAUCCAACUUGGUUGAGUUCUACAAAGAUGUCUGCUGGUCUAACAAGAAGGGAAAGUUUAUGACAGAAGAAGCUAAAGAGAUUUAUAAAUCCAUGGUUGGAAAGUUCAAUGAUAUAGAGCCAGAGCAGCAGACCACAUAUGCAACAAGAUCUGUGUUUAGGGAGGUAUUAGGUGCACUAGUAGGGUAUGCUAAAGGAUUAAAGGAGAUGGUAAUACCGAAGAUUGCUCGGGUAACUGAGCAUGAAUGCAAUAAGCAAUACGCUGAAGCAAUGGGAAGACAUAAAAAGGAGGCUGAGCAUUAAAAGGAAAAAUAUGAUGAGUUCAGUGGGCAUGUGAGGGUACUUUUGGAGAGACAACUUCAGUUUGACAAAUUCAUGAACACAUACCAGUCCGAGAGGCAAUCCCAAGGAGAGUCUCCUAGAGAGACUCAGGGAGCUGCCUAGGAACAUGUGGCGCCCCCAAUCCCCCUUAUAUAAAUACACGGGGAUCGAGACACCGGAUGGUGACAACACGGUCACGCAUCCCAACGAAAU